AUGUACAUCGUCUUCGUGGCCUCGAAGUUGGCAUCUCAACUGAUAAUCUUUGGCGUCGAUAUCCAUUGCCGACCUUCCCAGACGAAAUUUUCAGGGCUUAAGAGAUUUCUACGCCGAUUGAACUCUUUUGAAGACAACGAUGGCGGGCACGGUUCUGGUGCCGGCAGACUCCAUGAUGGCCAACACAACCAGCUAGAGCAGCCAGCAAAUGGCCUCACCGUCGUAUCUGUGGCCGAUCUCUUGUGUCAGCUGGAAUACGCGAGUCGCGCACGACGUCGACAUUCGAACCCGACGACAACGACCCUCCAUCUUCGUGUGCUGAUCCUCACUCGACUAAUUCGUUGCGGACCUGCGACCACGACUGCCGAUGUCUUUGAGGAAUGUGGUGUGUAUGGGCUUAUCGUGUCAACAACAAAGAUGGAUGGUGAAUUCCUCAGGGAAUGA